CUCAGUUUAUUAUUUGAUCUCAGCAGGAAUUAUUGAUACAAGGUCCGGGUCAAAGACUAGAUGGACUCGAGAAAAUCAAUAGAAGAUCAAUUCUCCAAGCUACAUCCAUCCCUGCCUGUGAGCACAAGAAUUGGGAUAGUGGGAGGUGGUCCAAGUGGCUUGUCAGCUGCUUAUGCACUCGCUAAGCUUGGUUACAGUAAUGUAACCGUGUUGGAGAAGUAUCAAACUGUUGGGGGCAUGUGUGAAUCAGCAGAGAUUGAAGGAAAUAUAUAUGAUCUGGGUGGCCAAGUUCUUGCUGCAAAUAGUGCCCCUGUUAUCUUUCACUGGGCAAAAGAAAUUGGGUCAGAACUAGAAGAAAUGGACUCCCACAAACUCACCCUUAUUGAUAGUUCUACAGGGAAGCAUAAGGACAUAAAAGUUGCAGAUGAUUAUGUAUCUGUAAUCUCACUGACUUUGGAACUCCAGGAUAAGGCAAAGGAUUCAGGUCGAAUUGGGGUCCAUGCUGUAAGUGAAAUCGCUUCAGAUUUGACUCCUGAGUUUCUUGAGGCUCGUGGAUUUAAAUCUGUUCCCAAGUCUGUGGCUUGUGGAUACACUGCUUCUGGGUAUGGGUUUGUCCAAGACAUGCCUUAUGCUUACAUUCAUGAGUUCACCCGGACUUCCAUGGCUGGAAAAAUUCGACGUUUUAAAGGUGGAUACAUGAACUUCUGGAAGAAGCUCAGUGAAAUGCUGCCGAUAGAAGUUCGUUGCAACACUGAAGUAUUGGCAGUCAGACGCAGCUCUGCUGGCGUUAGUGUUGAUGUGAAAAAUUCUAAUGGAGAAGUCGAAGUUAUAGAGUUUGAUGAGAUCAUCAUCUCUGGAUCCUUUCCUUUCAAGAAUGGAAAAACUUACAGAGCACCCCCUUCAAGUUCAGCAGAACCUGAGACUGGGGUAAUGGAUAUGAAUGAGCUUGAAAAGAAGUUAUUCAGUAAAGUACAAACAAUUGAUUACUAUACAACCGUUUUGAAGAUUAAAGGGCUGGAGCAUAUCCCAGUGGGAUUCUAUUAUUUUGAGGAAUUCAUGGACGAUCCUGCAACUAUUGGACAUCCAGUUGCAAUGCAGAGAUUCUACAACAACACUGAUGUUUUCUUGUUCUGGUCUUAUGGCAAUUCUGUUGAUAUUAAGGGACCAACUGUUACUGAGCUCGCAAUCAACACUGCUAAAAAUAUGGGAGGUGAAAUUGAGGAGGUGGUUUUACAACGAAGAUUCAAGUAUUUUCCUCACAUCAGCAGUCAAGAUAUGAAGGAAGGAUUUUAUGAGAAAGUGGAAUCUGAACUUCAAGGCAUGAGGAACACUUACUAUGUAGGUGGCCUUAUGGCAUUUGAGCUCACAGAAAGAAACGCAUCCUAUGCCGUGGCUCUAGUCUGCAAGCACUUUGCAAAUGACACUCCUUCACCAACAUUUCCAUAUGUUAAGAGGUUGUUUCCAUUGCAAUCAGAUGGGUGGGGUGGGAAUCCCAAAAUAUUAGAUGAAUUCCCAGGAGUGAAGUUCCCCGAUAUUGCUUCCCUUGAUGGCUAUUUGAAGCACUGGGGGACUCAUGAAGUCAUCCAAAAUAAAACACUCUAUACCUGGAUUAAUGAAGAAGGGGUAGUGGUGAGCCAGAGGACUUACAGAGAACUUCAUGCAAAUGCUUCUUGCAUUGCUCAUAACCUCUUGUUAAACCAGAAACCAUUGUUCAAGCCUGGUGACAGGGUUCUCCUGGUCUACAUUCCAGGUCUGGAUUUCAUUGACGCCUUCUUUGGGUGCCUAAGGGCAAAACUCUUACCAGUUCCAGUUCUUCCUCCGGAUCCACUGCAAAGAGGUGGACAGGCACUUCUGAAGAUUGAAAAUAUUGCCAAAUCAUGCAAUGCAUUGGCCAUUCUAUCGACCAUUAGGUAUCAUGCAGGUGUCUGUGCAGGUUCUGUGAAGAGUUUGAUCUCAUUUACAGGAAAAAAUGGGAAAAACUCAGCUCGCUGGCCUAAUCUUCCAUGGUUACAUACAGAUUCUUGGAUCAAGUAUUCCAGAAACUUGCUUCAGGAAGAUAUUGCUGAUCAAUCUGAACCACAGCCAGAUGAUCUUUGUUUUCUGCAGUUCACCUCAGGGUCCACUGGUGAUGCUAAAGGAGUGAUGAUAACUCAUGGUGGGCUUAUUCAUAAUGUGAAGUUGAUGCGGAGGAGAUACAAGAGCACCUCAAAGACAGUACUCGUGAGCUGGCUUCCUCAAUACCAUGACAUGGGGCUGAUUGGAGGACUUUUCUCUGCACUAGUUAGUGGUGGAUCUGCAGUUUUAUUUUCUCCAAUGUCCUUCAUCAAGAACCCCCUCUUAUGGCUUCAGACCAUGAGCAAGUUCCAGGCCACUCACAGCGCUGGCCCCAACUUUGCUUUUGAACUUGUGGUUCGAAGAUUGGAGUCAGGCAAGGAUACAGUUCACAAUUAUAAUCUCUCUUCCAUGAUUUUCCUCAUGGUUGCUGCAGAACCAGUGAGGCAGAAUACACUGAAAAGAUUUGUGAAGCUUACCAGCCCCUUUGGCCUUUGUGAAGAGGUAUUGGCUCCUGGUUAUGGCUUGGCAGAAAAUUGUGUGUUUGUAAGUUGUGCAUAUGGAGAAGGGAAGCCCAUCUUGGUAGAUUGGCAGGAAAGAGUUUGUUGUGGUUAUGUGGAUACAGAGAAUGCCGAUGUUGACAUCAGAGUAGUUGAUCCCGAGACUGGUGAAGAGCAAGAGGAAGUUGGAAAGGAAGGAGAGAUCUGGAUUAGUAGUCCAAGUGCUGGAGUUGGGUACUGGGGCAGGGAAGAACUAAGUGGGAAAACUUUCAGAAAUGAGCUUCAGAAUCACCCUGGUAGGAGAUACACUAGAACUGGAGAUUUGGGACGAAUCAUUGACGGGAAAUUGUUCAUAACUGGAAGGAUCAAGGAUCUUAUUAUUGUAGCUGGAAGAAACAUUUAUGCAGCAGAUGUAGAAAAGACUGUUGAGAGCUCAUCAGAACUUCUUCGCCCAGGGUGCUGUGCUGUAAUUGGUGUUCCAGAGGAAAUCUUAUCACAAAAGGGGAUUUCAUUGCCGGAUCAUUCUGAUCAGGUUGGCUUGGUCGUGAUUGCAGAGGUCAGAGAUGGUAAACAUGUUGGUAAAGAUGUUAUUGAACAAAUUCAAGCACAUGUUGCAGAAGAACAUGGGGUUACUGUUGCUUCCAUCAAGCUGAUCAAACCCAAAACCAUCAGUAAAACCACUUCAGGGAAAAUAAAGAGGUUUGAUUGCAUCAGACAGUUCUCUGAUGGAACACUGAGUUUAGUUCCGGAGCCUAUAUUGUCAAAAAAAGUAUUGCAUCGGUCUUUCACAACAGGAACAUGUAGGGAGGGAAAUACACCUCGACCUGAGCUCAAUAAAUAUCCUCUAACAAAUCCUAGGUUGAGUAAAGAAGAUAUUGUUGAGUUCCUGAAGGGUUUGGUUUCUGAGCAGACAGGAAUUCCUAUAAAGAACAUCUUUGCCUCUGAGAGCCUAUCCUCUUAUGGGAUUGAUUCAAUUGGAGUAGUGAGAGCAGCUCAAAAACUUUCAGACUUCCUUGGAGUUCCAGUUGGGGCAGUUGAUAUGUUCACAGCAACCUGCAUCGCAGACUUGGCAAAUUUCUCAGAGAAUCUUGUAAGGAAGUCUCACCAUCAAUACAUGACCGCUCCAUCCUAUGUUCCAGAACCUGAGACUGACUUGUCUGAGUUGGUGAUGGAAAUUGCACCAUCUCACAAAUUGGGCAUUUGGUUUUUCCAACUUCUGGCCCUCAUCUACAUUUCUGUGUUGCUGAUCAUUCCUGCAUAUCUAUCGGUUUCUGCUUUUAUAAGUCUGCUCUCUACCUGCUGCAACCUUAUAGAUGGAACUUCUUGGUUGGAUUAUUUGAUUUCUUUGGCUUUUGCUCCACUUGCAUGGCUACUUUGCAUAUUCUCCACCUGCAUAUGUAUUGCCUACUUGGGGAAUUCAUUCCUUCAACCGAACUAUGCCCUGACCCCAGAAAUUUCUAUCUGGUCAAAGGAUUUUGUUAAGUGGUGGGGACUUUACAAGGUCCAAGAAGUUGCUUCAAAAGUUCUAGCAGUGCAUUUGAGAGGAACAGUGUUCCUGAAAUGCUGGUUUGAGAUGCUAGGAGCCAGAAUUGGAUCGUCUGUUUUGCUUGAUACCAUUGACAUCACAGACCCAUCUCUGGUUUCAAUUGGGGAUGGAGCUGUUAUUGCAGAAGGAGCACUGAUCCAAAGCCAUGAGGUGAAAAAUGGAAUCUUGAGUUUCCUACCAAUCAGAAUUGGACAAAAUUGUUCUGUUGGUCCUUAUGCUCUGAUCCAGAAAGGAAGUGUUUUGGCAGAAGGAGCUGAAGUACAGGCCUCACAAAAGAGUGAAGGAGGGACAUCUGUAUUCCAAUCUAACAAGGCUAAUAAUGUUCCAAAGGGUUCAGUGCUUCCAAAAGAUUCCAGAAAUGCUCAGAUUGAGGCCAUUUACCACUUCUUGGGAAUUUACAUGGUUGGUUUCCUCAGCUCUCUCGCAGCAGCUCUCUUCUACUUCCUCUACCUUUGGCUGUCUAGAAGUCCCCCAUCCUUUCAACACUUUACUUUUCUUUGCAUCUCUGGAGCCUUUCACUGGUUUCCCUUCACCAUUAUUGCAUAUACUACCAUGUUUUCAAGUGCCUCCUUGAGCCCACCUUACUUUGCCAUCUCAGUUGCUGUUGCUUAUCUAGCUCAUGGCUUGAUACUUAGCUUUCUCACCUGCACCAUGACACGCUUCCUUGCUAGAAAACCCGAUACAAAGCAGAGCCACAUGAAAACCUGGCUCAGACACCGAAUUAUGAUUGCCUGCCAUCUUAGAUUUGCCAAACUCCUUUCUGGAACAGAAGCCCUCUGCAUUUACUUGCGGCUUUUGGGUGCAAAAAUUGGCAGUCAUUGCUCCAUCAGAGCCAUCAACCCUGUUUCAGAACCAGAAUUGAUUUCAAUUGGUGCUGGUGUCCAUAUGGGUGACUUCAGCCGAAUCAUUCCUGGUUUCUACUCAUCCAGUGGUUUUACUUGUGGGCAAAUUAAGGUCGAGGAUAAUUCGGUAGUUGGGAGUCAAAGCUUAGUCCUCCCUGGCUCUGUCCUUCAAAAAGAUGUCAUUCUUGGUGCACUUUCAGUUGCUCCAAUGAAUUCAGUUCUCCAAAGGGGUGGUGUUUAUAUUGGCUCUCAAACCCCAGUCAUGAUCAAGAACACACUGCAUGCUUUGGAUCAGAGAAUAGAGGAGAUGGAUGUGAAAUAUAAGAGAAUAGUGGGAAACCUUGCUGCAAAUUUGGCUGUUACAACGAUGAAGGUUAAAUCAAGAUAUUUCCAUCGAAUUGGUGUAGGUGGGAAGGGAAUCUUAAAGAUUUAUGACAAUAUUAAAGGGUUUCCAGAUCACAAGAUCUUCCAGCCAGGAAAAAGCUACCCUGUCCUAAUCCGGCACAGCAAUAGCUUGGCUGCUGAUGAUGAUGCAAGGAUUGAUGCGCGUGGUGCAGCAUUGAGAAUACUGCCAGAUGAACCUGGCAGUGACUCUCCACUCCUUGACCUGACAUUGAAAACGGGCAAUGCCUUUUAUGCCCGCACAAUUGCUGAUUUUGCAACAUGGCUUGUGUGUGGGCUUGCUGCAAGGGAGGAGCAUGUGAAGCGGAUUCCACGAGUGCGUGAUGCUGUGUGGGCUUCCCUGAGGCGAGCAGACUCAUUUGCUGAGCUGCAUUACUACUCAAACAUUUGCAGGCUCUUUCGGUUCAAGGAUGGACAGGAAAUGUAUGUGAAGCUCAAGUUAAGGCCUUAUGAUGAAAAGUUCAGUGAGGAUUCCGGUAAGAUCGAACCAAUUGGGAUCCUCCCACCAGAAACAGGUGCAAUUCCAAGGGAUGAUACCGACACACGCCCAUUGCUCUUCCUUGCUGAAGAUUUCCAGCAACGUGUGAAUUCUGCUGGUGGGGUUCGCUAUGUUUUCCAGAUGCAAUUCCAGCCAGUUCCAGGUGAUGAAGCCACCUGUGACAGUGCCCUUGACUGCACCAAACCGUGGGACGAGAAUGAAUUCCCACAUAUCGAUGUUGGGGAAAUAAUUGUUGAUCAGAUGCUUACCAGAGAAGAAUCUGAGCAGCUGGAGUUUAAUCCAUUUCUACAGUGCCAUGAAGUGGAUGUCAUCCGGGCUUCAUCAUCUUCCCAGAGUGCUUCAAUUGACCAUGGCCGUUCAUUGAUAUAUGAGAUUUGCCAGCAUUUAAGAAACAGGGAACCACUCCCCGAAGCCUGGAGGAUCUUCCUAGAGCAAUCUGAUUUUAAAGUAGACCUUUCUGGCUGUCCCAUGGCAGCAGCAUUGCAGAAAAAAGAUGUCCAAAAUGUGACCCUCUCAAGGACUUGGUACCAGACCUUAUGGGUUAUUUUUGCUCAACCAUUGCUGCAAACGGUUUUGCCUUAUUUCAUCAUGGGGCUAGUAGUCUUUGCUCCUCUAAACUGGGUCUUUUACUGGAAGAACACCAAGAAACUCCCACUUCACUGGUUGCUUCCUUUCUUUUGGCUAUCUUCAGGGACUUUGGCUGCCUUGGUUUGCAUAGUGGCCAAAUGGGGUUUGGUCGGAAAGAAAAAAGAAGGCGAAACUGCACUGAUUUGGAGUAGAAGUGUCUUCAUGGACACUAUAUGGCAAGCCUUUAGGACACUGGUAGGGGAGUAUUUCAUGGAAAUGAUAACUGGGUCUUUUUUGUUUGCUCUGUGGAUGAGGCUCAUGGGAUCGAAUAUUGAGCUGAAUGAAGGGGCUUAUGUGGAUAGCAUGGGAGCCGUGUUGAAUCCUGAGAUGGUAGAGAUUGAGAGAGGUGGAUGUGUGGGAAGAGAAGCUCUUCUGUUUGGGCACAUAUAUGAAGGUGAAGGUGGGAAAGUGAAGUUUGGGAAGAUCAGCAUUGGGGAAGGUGGUUUUGUAGGGAGUAGAGCUGUGGUCAUGCCUGGGGUGAGAGUGGAGACUGGAGGCAGCCUCAGUGAUCUCUCCCUUGCCAUGAAGGGAGAAAUUGUGAAGCCUAGGUAAAGAGUUCUUGAUGCCUAUAUACAUAUAUACUUUGUAAUGUUACAUGCCUAGCUGGUCGUAUAAAUAAGACAUCCGCGUCAAGGUUUUGAUACAACCCUAAUAAAAUCACUUCUCACAUCUUAAGCUAGAAAUUCCAAGAUUUUGAUGUAAACCUAAUUGCACUUGAGAAUUAAUUGCCCAAUUAAUAUUAGUAGAGAUUGAAACUUAA